CGUCACUGCGCCGCGGCGGGCGGGAAAGACGAAAUCGCGGGGCGUUGGGAGCGGCGCGCGAGGGAGCGAAGGAAGGAAUCCACCGCUCUCUGUGUGAAGACUCGGGACGUCGCUUCUGGAGGUAAAAUGCCUAAAAUGCAUUAAAGCCCUGGAGUGUGGGUCUCUGCUGGAGGGGAUUUGCUGCCAUGGAGGACGUGGAGUCUCGCUUCGUGCACUUCCUCAAGCCAAUAAGGGACCUCACGGCGAACUGGGCGGUGGAUGUGGCGGCUCAGCUGGAAGAAUACCUGGAGGAGCUGGCGGAGAUCUGCAUUUCAUUUGAUAAUGGCAGAACCACCAUGAACUUUGCAGAAGCAGCAAUGCUGAUCCAAGGUUCUGCCUGCAUCUACAGUAAGAAGGUGGAAUAUCUCUACUCACUGGUCUACCAGGCACUUGAUUUCAUUUCCAAUAAGAGGCGGGAGAAGCAGGUUGCAUCAGUGGGAGAGGAUGGAGUCGACAGAGAUGUCAGCAAUGGACCAGCAGAAGCAGAGGAAGAGUUCCUCUCUUUGGAUGACAUCCAAGAUACCAGCAGAGCAAGCAAGGACUUGAGGGGGAACCAGAGGCACAAUGCGGUCAGCGUUGUCCCCUUGACUCCAAUGGCCCUGGUUCCACCAGAGGACGCAGAAAAGAAGAACAACCCCCUCUUCAGCCGGAAGGGGGAGAAGUUGGCGAGCCGGAAGGAUUUUCACAUGAACACCUGCACUCCUCAAGCCACCGGCAUCUUCAUGCUGGAGCUGGCGGGGCUCUCGCCGAUACAGGGCAGGAACAUGGACCGGGGGAUCGGCUCCAUAGGUGCGCAGGGCCUUCCUCCAGCAGGCUCCACGCCCAUGGAGGUCUGCGGGUCCCGGACGCCUGUCGCUGUGCUGAACUUCUCCGGAGAAAGCGCAGGCGCAGCAGCACCCAUGUGUGACGAUAAUGACAAUUGCGACAACUUCCUGCCAGCGCUUCCCGAAGAGUUCCUGGGUGGCUCCCCAGCUCGGGUGGAGGAGGACCACGUUGAGCACCAGAUGAGCAUCCCCCAGAGGAGAGGUUACAUGCUGCGGGAGAGAGGCCCUGCCCCGGAUGCCUGUGUCAAGGAGAUGCUGGACCCCUGGCGCAGCCUUGACCCCUUCACCUCCUCCGAAGAUAAACCCCUGAGGAAAGGCAAGCCAUUCACGGUGCCACAUGGCCUGGAGAACGUGCCUGGCACCAAGCGGAAGAGGAAGGUGUCCACCAAGCUGCAGGACUUCACGGCCUGGUUUUCAGCCACAGAGCACCAUAGAGAUGUCAACGAGAGAAGCAGGAAGAAAGGGCCAGUCUUCCCUGAUCUCGAGGUCCUCUACUGGAAGCAUGCAAAGGAGCGCUUGGCUGCCCGGAAUAAGCUGAAUAGGAUGAGGAUGCAAGAUCCGCAGCUGGCCAUUCAGUUAGAGGAGCCCGAAGCCCUGGAGGAGGAAGAGGAGCAGGACGACGACAAUGACGCCAUGGGCGAUAUGGAUGCCGGAGGGGCAGAUGACUUUCUGGAGCAUGAAGACGCCCCCCAGGUGGAAGCCCCAGAGGAGGCACCCGUUGGCGUGAUAGAUCUUGGUGGCGUCCCCCCCGCCCUCAACUACGAGGAAUACAUCCAAAGAAAUGUGGAACUGUUCAUGUCGCACUCCCAGAAAUACGCCCGAGAGACCGCUCUGUCCCGGCACGUUCGGGACUGGGAGGAGGUGGUGGUCCCAAAGCUGGAGGAGCAGGAAUCGCACGAAGCCUUGGACAUCCACCACUACGGGGACAUGCUGGCGUCCAAACUGGGUGCGGUGGGUGAAUGGCACUCCUUUGCCAGCCUGGUGGCGGGGCAGCCGCCUUUCGAAGUCUGCCGCUACUUGCUGGCCUCCCUGCAGCUGGCCAACGACUACACAGUGGAAAUCUCCCAGAAGCCUGGCCUGGAGGAGGGUGUGGACACCAUGGCUCUGCGCCUGCUGACCCAGGAGAAGGCACACGAGCGUUUCCGCAACUACACGGCUCCCUCGCUCGACCAGCACUGACGCCUCUCCUGCGACAUGCAUGUGUGUCUGUGUAUAUAUGUAUAUGUAUCUCUGUUCAGCUUCUGCACCCUCCUUUUGCCACUCUGCUUUGACCCUCUUCUCUUUGCCACAAUAAACCUGUGCACUGGAGUCAUUCCUGGAUUUCCUUUCUGAGCGCCGGGCACCGACCAUAAGGACAAAACUUGGGAUCUGUCUCUUCCAGGAUUUUGUUUCCGUUGGGAGCGUGGGGCAGGGGGUUCAAGAUGCGCAAGCCAUGGGGUCCUGCUCUGUCUGAUCCCUGCGGCCCUUAGGCCCAACCUUCCUCUGCUGGCGGCAAAGAGGCUGUUUGGAACCUGGAGGCUGGCUGGAACAAGAGCUGCAGUCGCUGAGUUUGUGUGUCGCCGGUUUUAUUCCUUGCAGCGCAGUUUGAGGAAGGGCAGCUCUGCAGUGGUGAAGCUUUACUGCGCAUGAGAUUAAAGGCUU